CAGUGGCGCUGUGGCUGUUCAGACAGGAGCCUGAGCCCUGAACUCAUCCAACUCACCAAGAAAGAGCAGGACACUGCACACCUCUGCAACAAGAACCCACACAUUUCACAGCAAGACGUCAAGUUCAGGACAAGAGGAGAAAUGAAGACAACACUGGCAACUCUGACUCUCUGCCUGGUGGUGCUCAUGGCCACAGGUUUCCCUUUGGAGAGGAAAGGCGGCUCAGCAUCCGGCAGUGCUGCCAAGGAGAAGCGUGUACAGUACGCAGCGUGGGAUGACGUGAAUGUCAUCGCCCAUGGCCUGCUGCAACUGGGCCAGGGGUUGAAGGAGCAUGUUGACAAAACCAAAGUCCAGAUGAGGGACAUUUCCACCAAGCUGAAGGUCUUCAAUCGCACGGUGGCCGAGCUGGGGAAGGAAAGCCAGAAGCUGCGAGUGGAGGGGGAAGCCCUGAAGGUUCAGGCCCGGGGGCUGGAGGACAGAGAGGGGCAGCUGCUGAAUGUCACCGCCGAGCUUAGGGAGAAGGCGGAAGAGAUGCAGCAGGAGAGGAGGACGAUGAGCGAGAGGAUGAGCCGGCUGGAGGAGAAGGUGGACAGGAUGCUGCAGGGAGAGCCAGUGCUGUCUGACACUAAUGCUGGUGCCAAGAACAAGAGUGAUGCUCACAACAUCCAGCUGAUGCUGGAGGCUCAGAACAGACGCAUUGAUGAUCUGAUGGAGAGGAUCAGACUUCAACAGGAGAAGCUUGACAAGCAGAAUGUGCGCAUCAGGACGCUGCAGAGUCAGAUCCAGCAAUCAAAGCAGAGACACUCCCCAAGGAGCAGCAACACAGAGCGCAGUGGCAUCGUGGAGCAAGGCGACUCACCAGUUGAGGUGGCAUCAGACUGCCAUGAGCUGUUCCUCAGAGGAGAGACCACCAGCGGGGUCUACACCAUCAAGCCAAUCAACGCAGAGCCCUUUAAAGUCUUCUGUGAGAUGACAGCCGAUGGCGGAUGGACGGUGAUCCAAAGACGCCAAGAUGGCUCAGUGGACUUUGACCAGCAAUGGCACGCCUAUCAGAAAGGCUUUGGCAACCUGAAUGGAGAGUUCUGGUUGGGUCUUGAAAAAAUCCACACCAUCGCUAAAGAUGGUGGCUACAUCCUCAACAUCAAGCUCUCCGACUGGGGGGAUGACUUGGCAUCCGUCCGCCUGCCCUUCCGUCUGGGUGGAGAGGAAACAAAGUACUCGCUCCAGACUCAGGAGGUCGGCACUUUCAGUACCUUGGAGACUUCCCUGGGGACUGACGCCACCGGUGGCCUGCCUUUCUCCACCAGUGACCAAGACAACGACCAGAAAAACGACCUCAACUGCGCCAAGCACCUUUCUGGUGGUUGGUGGUUCAGUAACUGUGGUCGCUCCAACCUCAACGGUAGAUACUUCCAGAGUCCUCCUCCCAAGCAGCGACACCAGAGGAAGCAGGGCAUCUUUUGGAAGACCUGGAGAGGCCGCUACUAUCCCCUGAAGACCAGCAUGAUUAUGAUCGCCCCCGCUGCGAUUGAGAACAAGUCAUAAAGAUUAGCAAGAGACAAAGAGAAAAAGGUCAAGACACAGAGACGAGGGGGAGGAGAGGGAAGAAGUAGAUUUUGGACUGUUCUUUCCUUUCUUGGCACUUGGUUGAUGAGAUAGAGGUUUCCAUUUCCCUGGUUGUGUCCCAGUGAGGAAGACUUAACAUACCAGAUCCAAGGUCCCUCAAAAUAGAAGCAAAGAGAACCCACUUUUAAUGAGUUCCACGUUUCCAUUGCUCUUUUCUCUGAGAGACAAGCAGAUUCCUGCCCUGCACCUAGAAGCCACAGACAAAUUGCAUUUCUAUCAUUCUACCAUUCAACCAUUGUGGUUGACUCCAUCUGUUGGCAUGGGCCCCUAGUCAGGGGAGCUGCAGGGCGAGUCUAGGCCUGUCUACUGUGCUGUGAGUCACAGAACAUCUCCAACAUGUCGCAACUCGUCACCAGAGUUGUGUAGACCGCUGUUGAGUUUGAAUGUGGCUUCAUAGCAAGUAAACAGUGUCUGCUCUGCUCUUAUUUUGUAGAGGAUUCACGUAGGAGUGAAAUGCAGGCCAGUUAAGUGAGCCUUUUAAACCCAAUGGUGCGGACCAAAUGGUGACUUAAUUCAAACAAAGCGUCAUUUUCCUCACGAGGAGGAUGAGAUUAGUGUUUUCAAAGCAUUAUGUUAAGUUAUAAAAUCACUGUAGACUAGGAUUACGAUGCAGAGAGUGGGUUAAGACGUCAGAAAGCAGAACACGGGGCACUCAAAACCAUUCCAGCCUUUUGUACAUCCUGCCUCCAAAUAAGCAUUUUCUUCUUAAACUUUUCUGUGGAGAUUUAGGUGAUGUCAAGUCAUAUUGACUACUUUAAAGAGGAGAGGCAUGGUUUUUGUAAAUAGUGUACGCAGAAAUGCCGUCUGUGUUUUCAUAAAUGUAAAUGUUCCUGUUUUGUUGUGACACUAUCUGUUUUGUCGUUACUUGAGAGUCUGUUGUUGUAGAGGUCCCAUUUUCUUAUUUAAAUUAUUGUAAAGAAUCAAUAUAUAUAUAUUUCUGGUGCUGCCUGUUUGUAAUUUAUAUUUUAUGUGUUUAACAGAUGUAAGAUUGUUUUUUUAAGAGAAAAUACCAAUCGUUUGGCCAAAAUGAGCCAAUAAAAUUGAUUUAAACUAA